CGUCGGUUCUGCGGUGUCCCUGAUGAGGGACCCAGGCUGCCCUGGUCCCCGCUGUGCUCCGUCCCUGUCUGAUGGGCUGUCUGAAGCAGGACAGGUCCUAGGAGCCAGGUCAGGGCCUGCCGCCCCAGCACGAGCUAGCCUCAUGUCACACGCACACGAGCGCGCGCACACACGCGCGCACACACACCCCUGUUCCGGGCCACCUCUGGCCAGUAGGGCAGGGCCCUCACUGCUGUUAGGAAUGGAAUGGUUUUGACCACGUAGCCAGCUCUCAGGACCCCUGCCCACAUGGUGACUGCACCCAGCUGUGCCCACAGUGCCUAGCCCAGCCCUCACUCACCCACAGCAGCUGAACGGGGCUUUGUAAGCCAGAUAGGAGUGUGCCCUGAGCCCUGCCACCCUCUCUUUCCCACUCCUCACUCCCCGCUGGAGCCUCCGAGGACCCCUGUAAACAUACAGCCUCCUUCCCGCCACAGGACCUUUGCACGCUCCGAGCUGUCUGCCGGGAAUCCCCUCCUGAUAGGCUCCAUAGCUAUGGAUGCACAGGGUUUCCAGAAGGGCCAGAAAGAGGGGACUUCGCACACAGAGGGCUGGAGGCUGGUGAUAUCCUGGUGAUCCUGGGCCACAGAGUCCUCUCAUUUUCCUGCACUGAGCUGGAGAUGGGGGAGGCGGAGAAUGUUCCAGAAUAGAGCACUAGGCAGUCUGGAAAUCUCAGGCCCAGCAUGCUGCUGCAGGCCCUGGGCAGAGGGGUUCUGCAGUGGGGGUAUUUCGGCUGUGGUUGCUUUUGGACUCAUUGUGUAGCCAAGAUGGCCUGAAAUGGGUGAUCCUCAGGCCACAGCCUCUCAAUCGUUUGGAUCACAGCCUGCUGAGGGAUGCCCAAGAAGUUCCAGGGCGAGAACAGCAAGUCGGCAGCUGCCCGAGCACGGAGGGCUGAAGCCAAGGCGGCAGCUGAUGCCAAGAAACAGAAGGAGCUGGAAGAUGCUUACUGGAAGGAUGAGGACAAACACGUGAUGCGGAAGGAGCAGCGCAAGGAGGAGAAGGAGAAGAGACGCCUGGAGCAGCUGGAGCGCAAGAAGGAGACGCAGCGGCUGCUGGAGGAGGAGGACUCCCGGCUCAAGGGCGGCAAGGCCCCGCGCGCGGCGCCGCCGGCCAAGGUCACGCGCGCGCAGAUCGAGGACUCGCUGCGCCGAGAGCAGCGCGCCGAGCCAGUGGAGAAGGCCAAGAGCCACCUGGAGGUGCCGCUGGAGGAGAACCUGAACCGGCGCGUGCUGGACGAGGGCAGCGUGGAAGCUCGCACCGUGGAGGACGCCAUCGCCGUGCUCAGUGUGGCAGAGGACGCGGACCGGCACCCCGAGCGCCGCAUGCGCGCGGCCUUCACCGCGUUCGAGGAGGUGCAGCUGCCGCGACUGAAGCAGGAGAACCCCAACAUGCGGCUGUCGCAGCUGAAGCAGCUGCUGAAGAAGGAGUGGUUGCGCUCCCCCGACAACCCCAUGAACCAGCGUGCGCUGCCCUUCAAUGCGCCUAAGUGACGGAACCAGGCUCGAGUCCAGCUUGUCCAGGUCCAGCUCAUCGGGGUCCAGGCGUCCCCUCCAGCCAGGCCUGCCUGGGUCCCAGGGAGUCCCGAGCCUGGGACACUCCCGGCUGCGCCCUCAGUCACCCUCAGCAAUCCAGAGGGUCCCCGCUCUGAGCAACACCUAGCCCCUGUGCGCCCCAUGGAGCCCGGCUGAGCACCCCGCCCAAUAAAGGCUGUGCUGAGGCUGCCUGCG